AUGCACAUGGCAUCUCCAGCUCAAAAAGAAAUCCUUGUCUCUUUCCAAGAAAUUCUUCCAAAAGAUGUGAUUGAUUCUGUGCUAAAUUCAUUACUCCAACUUGACCCAAAUUAUUGGGAUAAAAAAAAGGUGAAAGGUUAUUG